AACAGGAUGAUCCAAAAACUUGAAAAUUGAGUAGAACCCUCGCGAGCACUUGCAUUCGCUGAGCCCGGCAGCUGUGGUAGCUAUAGAAAAGAAUACGUAAAGCGCACCCAUUUCCAGUGCCCACCACAGCACAUGACAAAACCUUGAACCUCCUCCUCCUCCUCCUCUGCUAAUUUUUUAACACAGACACAAUCUCGCUCUCUCACUCGCAGAUCUCUUCUAGAAAACUCAAAACUCUCGCAAAAGCCUUGCUCUUUUUUUCUCAACGGUUUUUAUUUUGAUUUCUUCAUUUUUGGCUGCUAAUAGUCGAUCCAAUUUCUCAUGUCUCGUGCACUUUGGCUUCUGAUUCUGAGCCUCUUUUCGUUGACCUUCACACUCUCCGCUUCUUCUUCCUCGUGGGGAUCGCGCUCGAUCCUCCGUGCCGUCAAUACAGACAACGCUGAUGUUCACGACUACGCCGUCGAAUUGAAUGCCACGAAUUUCGAUGAAGUCCUCAGAGACACCCCUGCCUCCUUUGCCGUAGUCGAAUUCUUCGCUCACUGGUGUCCGGCUUGCAGAAACUAUAAGCCCCAUUAUGAAAAGGUUGCGAGGCUUUUCAAUGGGCCUGAUGCUGUGCAUCCAGGGAUCAUAUUGAUGACAAGGGUGGACUGUGCUUCAAAGAUAAAUACCAAACUCUGUGAUAACUUUUCUGUGGGUCAUUAUCCUAUGCUCUUUUGGGGACCUCCAUCUAAAUUUGCAUCUGCCCGUUGGGAACCUACACAAACCAAAAGUGAUAUACGUGUCAUUGAUGAUGGCCGCACAGCUGAUCGAUUGCUUAGUUGGAUCAACAAGCAAACAGGCAGCUCAUUCGCCUUGGAUGAUCAGAAAUUUGAAAAUGAGCAUCUUUCAUCAAAUGUGUCGGACCCUGGGCAGAUUGCUCGGGCUGUCUAUGACGUUGAGGAAGCAACGUCAACUGCUUUUGAAAUCAUCUUAGGACACAAGAUGAUCAAAUCAAAUACACGGGCUUCAUUAGUGAAAUUUCUUCAACUUUUGGUGGCUCAUCAUCCUUCUAGGAGGUGCCGAAAGGGAAGUGCAGAGGUACUAGUGAAUUUUGAUGACUUGUGCCCACUAGAUAUGUGGUCAGCUGACAGACAGGAAGACCAAGAUGUACAGGCUGCUCUGGGGAAUUUUCAGAUUUGUGGUAGAGAUGUUCCUCGAGGAUAUUGGAUGUUUUGCCGUGGCAGCAAAAAUGAUACCAGGGGCUUUAGCUGCGGAUUAUGGGUUCUUCUACAUUCACUUUCAGUUAGAAUUGAGGAUGGAGAGAGCAAUUUUGCGUUCACCACAAUAUGUGAUUUUGUGCAUAACUUCUUCAUCUGUGAGGAAUGUCGCCGACAUUUUUACGAUAUGUGUUCAAGUGUUUCUACUCCUUUCAACAAGUCCCGCGACUUUGCCCUUUGGCUGUGGAGUGCUCACAAUAAAGUCAAUGAGAGAUUGAUUAAAGAGGAAGCCUCUUUAGGAACUGCUGAUCCCAAAUUCCCAAAAAUGAUUUGGCCUCUUAGGCAGUUCUGCCCAUCUUGUUACCUCUCUCGUAGCCAGAAAAAUGAUGGAAUUGAAUGGGACCAGGAUGAGGUGUUCAAAUUUCUGAAAGAAUAUUAUGGGAAAACGCUUGUUUCUCUUUACAAAGACAAGGGUAUUAAUGGGAAUGACGGGACAAACAGAGUUCUUGAAGAUUUGGUGCCCUCAACAAAUGCGAUUGUGGUGCCUCUGGGGGCUGCAUUGGCUGUUGCUGUUGCUAGUUGUGCAUUCGGAGCGCUUGCUUGCUACUGGCGUUCACAGCAAAAGAGUCGGAAGUAUUUCCACCACCUUCGCUCUUUAAAGAACAUUUGAUAAACUCUUUCAAAAAGGGAUAAAAGAACCAGAACUCAGUGGGAGAAAGGGUAAAAAAAAAAAUCAAAGAAAAAGGGAGAGUGAGAGAUUGUCUGGAGGUUUUUCUAUUUUCUUAUUUGUUUUUCUUCCACCAAAUUUCAGGCCAAGGAGAAGCUGGAGCUAGUUUUGUUGCAAGGGCAAACCUGCGCACAGACAAUAAGGUGCGCAGCAGAGGGAAGUCAGGCUCUUAGUAGGAAAGCAGAUACCGACUUGUAUGAGAUGGCCUGCCGAGGUCCUCAUCUGUACUCUAUUUGAUAGCUUUUCUUCUUUCUACAUAUAAUGAGGACUGUACAGAUUUAUACAAUCUUAAAAUUUUGGAAGAGAUCGUUCUAGAUCCUAUGCGGCUUUGUUUUUAUCUGUUU